ACACGUCAAACUUCACAAGAUGGCGGAGUCUGUUGAUGAUACGAGCUGGGUAACGGAUCUGGAGACUGCACUUAUAGAAGAGUGUGACUUUGGGACGCUGAGAAACAUUUGUAAAUGUCGCCCAGUACCAGAUCACCUGAGAGCAGAGGUGUGGCAGAUUUGCCUGAAUGUACAGAACAAAGGUGACAGUAUGGGGACAUUUGAUGGUCUCUAUGACAUGGAGGAACAAGGCUUAGUGAGGGAGGACUGUCGUACACUUGUUGAUAAACUUGGCAAUGAAGAGGAAGAUAAAGUGUCUAUUGUCAGUGAUCUCGAGUCCAUAGCAACGUUCUUCUCGAAAUCUCGCAACGAAAAAUACACAUCAGACAAUGGAUGGCUGGAUAUUCUACAACCACUGUUAUCUCAGAAACUGGGACGCGGAGAGGUCUAUAACUGUUUCUACUCCCUAACCAACAAGUAUAUCCCCAGGGACUGUAUGAAGAAUGGGAAGCCGUUUCACUUGUUUCGCCUACUGCUGCAAUACCACGACCCAGAACUCUGUUCCUUCCUCGACACCAAAAAGAUCACACCAGACACCUACGCACAAAGUUGGUUCCGCUGUUUAUUUGCUGCCACCUGUGACCUGCAGGUCAUCAAGUACAUGUGGGAUGUGUACUUCCAGCAUGGCGACCCAUUCCUCGUUUUCUUCAUGGCCCUCGUCAUUCUCGUGAACGCCAGGGACCAGCUGAUGUCGAGUGAGGGGGAGACUAAACAGACACUGAUUGAAAUGUUGGCAACGUUUCCUGGAGGAUUGGAGGCUGAAGACAUAGAAGAUUUCUGCUCUCUUGCCCAGUACUAUGCAUCCAAAACGCCUCAGUCAUUCCGCAGGGAUUACCAGGGACCACUUUUUGGCACGAGCAUGAUCCCAGUCAGUGAAGCGUUUGGAAUCCAGGUCUCUCAGGCUCUUUGCUUACCUGUAUCAGUAGCAGAGCUGUUACAAGCCAACAAAUCCUCUGUAAGUGGAGAUGGAGUUCGUUAUUUUAUUGUUGACUGUCGACCAGCAGAACAGUACAACCGCGGCCACCUCCCCACAGCCUUUCAUCUAGACGCAGACCUUAUGUUACAAAACCCGAUGGAGUUCAACACAGCUGUGCAGGCCCUACUAGCGGCCCAGCAACAGGCCAUCUCGUCAGGUUCUGUGGCUGGGGGAGAACACCUGUGUUUUAUUGGGAGUGGACGGGAGGAGGAGGACCAGUACGUACACAUGGUGGUAGCUAACUUCCUACAGAAACACUACCAGUACAUCAGUAUAGCCCGCGGAGGCUACGGAGCUGUGGUCCAGGUUCUACGCGAGAACGUGAUAGCAGACCUCGGUGAGGAGUACACUAGAUUACUGGAAGUGUGUAGCAUGGACGCCUGUGGCAGUGCCAGUGAUGUGGAAAACGGAGAAGAUUUCACACAUGGCCUCAAGGGUGAAGCUGGCGAAGGAUCAUUAUUGGGAAAGAUCUCCAAUGUAGUGAAGAGUAAAGGGGCAGAGAUGAAGCAGAAACUCACUGACUAUAUCAAAAACGAACACCAGCUUCCAGAGAGACAUGUCAGUAACACAGACAGGGUGGGCAAGCGCUACCGGAACAUGGAGAACGUCUUCUCCAUUGGUGAUGAUGAUGAUGCUGAAGAUCCGACAAUGGGCUCAUCCGACGAUGAGAGGAAGGAAACGAUAAGUCUGGAGACUUGGCUGAAGAAACCAAACAUGGUGUACACAUGUAAAUGUCAGGAGGUUAUCUCCAACGGUUACAUGUAUCCUACAUAUCUUUUUGUGACAGACUCCCAUCUGUAUGUCCUUCGAGAGAUCACCUCUCGUAAAGGCAUGGCGCACAUCCAGGCACGACGAGCACUCGGCAGCAUUGUCAAAAUUACAUCAAAAAAGAGACAUCCGGAACUGAUCACGUUUAAAUACGGGUGUACGGAGGACGAUAACUCUAUAACUGUGUCAGACUUGGAGCGAUUCUUAAUUCCAAAAGCAGGCGAGGCAACAAAAGUGAUAAAGACACAGAUUAUGAAAGUGCUUGAUGCACUUGAGCGGUGACAAUGAUUGGCUGUUGUUGAUAUGCCCUCUUGUGUGUGCAAGAAUGAGGGUUAUUUUGUUUGUUAUAUUUAGGGUUAAUUUUUAGAAUGUGAUGAUUUUUGAAAUUUCCAAGAUAUCUGACGGUGAAUAUUAGAGAGCUUUUAGCAGAUCAUGAUGAGUUCUCAACAUCAACUCUUGCAUUGGACACAGUUUUAAUGACUGUUAUAGAGGGGGGGGGGGGGGG